AAAUGUGCACUUUUGCAGAAGACCCUUACCUGGAAUGCAAACAUAUUUGAAAAUGUACUAAAUAAGCAGAUAUACAUGAGAUUAAAGUGAGAUUUAUUUAUAAAUGACAUUUACUAUAGUGGUUCUUGGACCUGGAACAUAAAACUUUAACUCCUCUGUGAGAAGCAAACACUUGGAUUUACUGAGAGAAAACUCUGAAUCAGAGGAUUUAUUAAAGGGAGGAGAGCCUCGGCUGACAACGGAACAAUGGAAAAGAAAAAAGAAAAAGGAGGGAGGAGAAGAGGAGUGAAAGUGCAGGGCUGAGUGAGGGGGUGAACAAGCUGAGCGCCAACUGGAUAUGGAGGAUUCUGGCAAAGCCCAGCGUCUGUGGCAUUUCCAAGGAAACAGCAGGGCAACCGAGUUCACAAGCUGAGAAGCUGAACUUACUGGAAGCUUCUCCAUGUACUGAGAAGAUGAACCUACAAUCAGUGGAGCGAAAAGAUCAGGUAAAACUCUCCUAGUGGGCACAGGCAGUCCAAUGGAGGAUCACAUGACCUCAUCAGACACGACGGGUACCGGAAGCAGCUCGUUUACCAUGGUAACCGACUCAGCAGGAACUGAUCCGGAUCUAGAGUUGGACCUGUGUGCUCUGUGUGACAGAGUGAAGGUCCUGGAGCAGAAUGAAGUUUCAGCCCUCCAGACUGACAGCUACCUGAGGAACAGGAUCAGAGAGUAAGAGAGGUUCAGAGAGGAGACUGCUGCUACAGCUCUAUCAGCUAGCCUCUACCUCCCACUUCCCCAGCAUGCAACACUCCCAGAGGCUGGACCAGAGACUCUACAUGCUCAGGGAGGAGGUCAGGACAAUGACCAAGGAGAAGGAGCAAGGGGAGCGGGUUUGGAGGGAUCGACUGCAGCGAUGUCAGAGGCAGCUGAAGGCCAAAGAGGAUGAGAUGAGUCGCCAGUCCCAGUACUUUGAAAACUUUAAAACCCAACUUCAACAGAAGCUCAGCCUAGCCCGGGACAGAGAGCAGAGCCUACAGAAUCGAAUCUACACUUUAGAAAAGCAGCUAUUAGACAUGACUGUGAGUGCCGCCACUGGUAUGGGAACGAUUAGUGCGGUCAGAAUUACUGCCGGGACUGUAACACACUGGGAAGAGCAAGUAAGGCUACCUUUCAUGAGAGGAGAGGGUGAAGGAGAAGAGGAGAGAAGCCAGGAGAGACCGGUCAAAGACGCAAAACAGAGUGCAAAAGAAGCCAGACUGCAUGGCUUCAUCCUGAGCCUGCAGGAGGAUCUCAAGGUGCUGCUGGAAAGAGAGGAGAAUGGCAUGACAGAACGGAGGGGACUGGUGGAGCAGCUCCAGGAGGCCCAGGAAAACAGCCACUUUCUGGGCUGCAAGGUGGAGGAGAUGAAGGCAGAGGCGCACCAGUUGAAGUUGUCUGAAAGCUUCUUGAUGGAGGAAGUUGAAGAGCUGAGAGAGGAGAACCACAGACUCAAGGAGGUCCUUGGGGACACAGCUAACCAAACACCCAGUCAGUCUUCCACAGUCCCUGGGUCCACAUGCCCGGAUCCAGGAACCAGCUUGCCUGACUGCAGUCCUGUGUCUUCCAACACUCUCUCGUAUACUGCCACCUCAGUGGGGAGCUCUGGAGAGGUCCAUCUAACCUCCUAUGAGGGAACAAGCCAACCUCAGUCAUCUACAGUUUUACCUGUUCACCACCAGGCUACAUCAGAGAGUGCUCAGAACAAAAAGGAGGAUCACUCCUCAUCUGCCAAAUCAGAAACUCCACCCAAAAACGGCCCUCUGAACCUCUUUCACCACCGUGGUACCCAAAUCAACCCCAGCCUCAAGUCACUUUCCUUGACUACAGAGACAUUAGAUGAGUUUACACUGGGGACCUGGUGCUCAAGAGGGAUCCUAAACCUGGAGGAAAGCCCCAGUGAGGAGUCGGAUGCCCUAAGGGAAGCCUACAGGAGCUUGGGGUUGGGGGAGGAUCUUGAAGCACUUCGAGAACAACGUGACCGCCUGGAGGUUGCCCUUCAGCAAACGCGGGAGCAGCUGCAGAUGAUGGCUCAAGAGAAUACUCGACUGAAAUUACAAUUUAGUAAAGAGACAGCUGAGCAGGGGCCUUCAAGAGAAAAGAUUAGCGCAUUACCCAUCAGCAACGGAGCUGAAGAUAACAACAUUCUCACCCUUGCCCAGGAUGAUCUUGUCCAAGCCCUGAAUCAGGAGAAUCGGGCCCUGGCGGAUCGGAUCCAAGACCUCCUGGCUCACAUUGAGCUCAGAGAAGAGGAGAUCAAGAGGGAAGAAACACAGUUGAGGGAGCAUAUCUCCAAGUUAGAGGUGGAUGGAGUCAGGUUAGAGCAGGAGAACCAGGAACAAGGGUGUUUGAUUAUAGAACUCACCAAGAAGACCGAGGAUGAUCUCAAUACCAUCAUGGAGCUACAGCAAAAGUUAGCGGAGAGUGAACAGCAUAAGGAGGAAUCACAGGUUGAUGAGAAACUGUGUGGAUCUCAGCUGCAAAAUGAAUAUACAGCUGCAAUAUCAGGAUGUUUUCAACAGAACAACCUCGAAGAGUGUGUGGACAGUGUGGUGGAAAGUGUGCUGAAAGGAGAAGAACCACAGCUGAUGUCCCGUCAACAACCAGGGGAUUCGACUACAGCUUCUGCACCUGGUUCUCAACAUGAUAAUCACGAUAAUCAGUUGCAGAACGGCCUACAAAGCAGUCUGCAUGUUAGUUCACUGACUGAACAAGUGGGCCAGCUGACCAAGUCAGUCCAGAGCCUCAAAACGGAGCAAGAGGAACUGUUGGCUUGCAUAAAUUCUCUUAGAGAGCAGCAGAAAGAAGUAACUCAGUCAGUUCAAACACAGACAGAAGUAAAACAGCAGUUAACUCGGACAGUUUGGGGCCUGAAGGAGGAGAAAGACAGCAUCUCUAAAUCUCUGGCUCUUCUCAAACAAGAGAGAGAGCAGCUUACCAGGACAGUCUGCGGGCUGAGAGAUGAAAGGGACCAGUUUACAAGGUCUAUGAGCGGCCCCAAAGAGGAGAAAGAGCAGCUGAGUAAAUCUAUAUCUGGUCUCAAAGGAGAAAAAGAGAAACUGUUAGAAUCUCUCUCAAGUGGAAAGGAAGAGAGAGAUCAAAUUAUGCGGUCACUAGAAAGUUUACAGACAGAGAGCGACAGGUUAAGCAAGACAGUGCUCUGUUUGAAACAGGAGAGAGACGAACUAUCCGAUUCCCUCAAGGGUCUGAAGGAACAGAGAGAAAAGGAACAGUCGUCUUACACUUUACAAGAAGAUCACAACGGGUUGAUAAAAUCAGUUAGGAGUCUGAGAGAAGAAAAAGAAGGAAUUGAACUUUCAAUCAGUUGUUUGAAAAAGGAAGAAGGACAGAUAAAGCUACUACUCCAUGGCUUAAGAGAGGAAAGAAACAGCCAUGAAGCUGCACAAGCAGAAGAGAGGAAUCAGAAACAGCAUCUACUGAAUCCAAACAGUGCUGUUACAACAGAGAAGACUGGGACAGAAAAUGCUACACAAAGAUGUCAGACUAAAGACCACAGAGGAAACGUUGUACAGCUGGAGCAAAGUGAUCUGAUGAGGGAGAUUGAAGCCUUGGGAGCAGAACUAAAGAGGUCACGAGACGAACUGGACCAGAGCCACGUAGAUACCGAAAGGCUGCACAGUGAAUUGUGUCAAUCAGAAGCUGGGAGAGAGGAGGCAGAGAGAAAGGCAGCACAAGCAGCCGACAAGUUGGUGAGGCUAACAGAAAUAGCCAAUCACAUGGAGGAAACCACAAAGGAAAAUGACGGCCUCAUAAACCAGGUGAAGGAGCUGCAGAGCAAACUGACAGGCCUGGCCAGGGAGAAGACUUUUGCUCUGUCACUGAAGGCACAAAUAGAGGAGCAAUACAACAUCCUUACAGCUCAGCUCAAAGCUAAGACGGUGGCUCUAGAGGAGCUAAACUCAGAGUAUAUUGCUCUAAAACGAGGGCAGGGCAGCAAGGAUGAUCUGAGCACUGUUCUCAUCUCACUCAGGACACGAUACAACGACAUCAGAGCUAAGUAUGAUGCGCUGCUGAAAAAGAGGGGCCAGACGGAUUUGGAUACAGCUCCAUUAAAGGCCAAGCUGUCUUGCCUGGUGGUGAAGUGUCAGGAAAGGAACAGCUUGUUGGUUCAGAUGAUGAAGGCCAUGCAUAGACAAGGCUGCGUGGACUCCACACUCAGACAGCAGGUUGAGCAGCUUCUCAGUGAUGCUGCUCUUCAGGACUACACUGCAGCAUUCACACCAGGGAGCAACAUAAAGACCCGGGAUUACAGUACGGGGUUUACACCAGGAUUCAUUUCAAAAUUUCAAGAUUACACCAAUGGACUCACACCUGAUCAGACCUGCUCCACUAUACCUGGACUUGUUAACCAAAAUAGAUUCACACCUGAAUCUGGAGUGAAACUAAAAACUGAAAAACAGACUUCUUUAGUCACCGCUGAAUCCACGUCAAAUCGUCAAACCCGCAGCAGUGAACUCACACCUGCACCAACAGGAACGCUAAAGAAAAAUGCCAACUCACCUGUGCCAGCUUCACCAGUGCAAGAGCAUGUCAGUGUCCAAACAGCGCCAUCACCUGUUGGUCCAGCAAAGAAAGAGAACUCGAUCACCAGUACAGCACAGCCUUCUCCCUCCUCCAGUGGACCAGUCCAAUUAACCAGUCCAAACCAGUCUGAGAAACUUGGAUUUCAUCAUCCAGAUGUGAAAGGGACAUCCUCCCCAGAUUUGACUAGUUUGACUGGAUCCUCACGGAGUUCCACUCCUCCUUCCUCCAGCUCGCGUGUCAGUCUGGGCAGGAGGUUGAGUAGUCCUGAGAAGAUCAUAAACCUACACGAGCAACUGCAGAAAACUCUAAUGAGCAGUUAUCAGGCACCAGUGAGCAGAGGAAGAGGACAGCAACCCCGGACAAGUGUCUCUUUUUCAGCUCCUACAGAUCUUGGACUGGCCUCUCAGACAAAGAAGCAGAGCCUCAGUUUUAGUACACCACAGUCCAGCUCUCUCCCAGUCACCACUGCUUACAGCCCAGCGAAGCACACUCCUGCAUUGACAACUACAUCUGUUUCCACUAAUAAGUCAACAACACUUUUUAAUGCAGUCGCCUCUAGAUCUGCUAAUGUUACAUUUAGUCCCAACAUGUUCACUAACCAUCACUUUAGAGCAGACGCCUGUAAAUCCACGUCUGCUCUUUCUAGCUCUUCAAAUGUUCCUUUCACCACUGUGGCACCAUGCAAAGCCAAAUCCACCUCAGGCAGUGGCGCUAAUCUAAAAAUAUCCCCAAAAGUGACAAAGAAAAUCACUGCUACGACUGACAUGUCUCAUACUAAACAUACAGCUUCAACUCCUUUAACUCUGAAGACCACUACAUUUGACACUGAUGUCUUAAUAUGCUCUGAGACAAAUCCAAAACCCACUGCCUCAGACACAACUGCCCCUAGCAUAUCAACUGCCCCUGAGGAUAAUCACUUAAACAUGCCUUCUCAAACCGAUGGUGCUACCCCAACAUAUAAUUCUGUAUAUACUGCAUCCUGCACUCAGUCUGCUCGUUGCUCUCCUGAGAGGUCCUACAAGUCUGCCAAAAAGUCCACCGCUGCAGAAAAGACCAAGGCAGCAAGACCCAAACCAGAAGCCCCAGACGAAGUUCGCUCUGUUGAGGUCAUCAAAACCGUGGGCCAGAGCAGCCUUAUGAUUGGCUGGGAGAGGCCGCCACUGGACGAGCUGGGCUGUAGUAAUGGCACAUUUGUGUAUGGCUACAGGGUGUUUGUAGAUGGGGACUUCCACAAAUCUGUCAUGAGCUCUGCGUGCACCAAGUGUGUUCUGGAGAAUGUGAACAUGAGUGUCCCAGUCCACAUCAGUGUCCAAACGUUGGGCUCUAAUGGUCUCAGUUCAAACAGUGUUCACACCACGUACAGUAAUUCAGUCAGAAAAGACCACCAUUGACUCACAGUGUCAUAAUGGUGGCAUAAGUCAACAAUUUAUUAUUUUGUUAGUGUCUCUGUAGGUUUAUGGCAACUUCUCUGUGAAAACCUUCACUGCCAGUAGUUUGAAGCCAUCUAUAGCUGCAGCUCUCUGAGGGACCGUCCUAACCUCCAUCUCAGUGGACAGCGAGGGUGACACCGUCAGACUGCUUUAGAUACCCUCAGGCUCAGGUCAACCAAUCAGAAAAACUUAUCUCCCGUUGUCAUUACCAGCCUAUGAACACGUAGUGACCUGUGGCCGACCACUAAACCUCAAAACAACUUACUGAAGAUGUCAAACUAAACACCGUGUCGGAGUUAAUCUGCAUGUAAAGGCAGGUGAGGAUUAACUCUUGUUGGAAGAACUUCCUGUUCCCGGAUUGACCUUUUGAAUGGAAAGGACAUUGUGAGUGUUUGCCAGGUGUAAGGCCAGAGUGGCUGCCAAUCAAACAAAUCCUGACAAACUGAUGAAAAGUGUUACUUCACUUCAAACUAUAUGAAGCCAAUAUCAAUCACAUUGUCAAAAGCUGCCUGUGACACCAACAUUUAUUAACAUUUUUCAACAAAAUGUUGGAGGGACAUCUGCACCUGCUGCACAUUUAAACACUGUGUUCAACACUGAGAGAUCACGUGUCAUAUGGCUUCACCUGCCUCUCUGGACUCUGUGACAUGACACAGCUGGCUAAAGGGACAUUCACUGUAUGAAAACUGUAUAAUGUGCCGACGCAACAUUGUACCCUGAGUCAUCUUACUUGAUUUUAACAUAUGAAGCCAAAUAUGAAAAAAGAUGAUUCACUCCAAAGACUUAUCCGUUUCCUUCUCCUCAUAGGUCUACGGGGGUUACUUUAAACACAGAAGCCAGGUGUUAUUUUAAGUUCUGAAAUUUGCACACAGUCAUUAUUAAUAAAUCUAGAACAAGAAAUAAAAAAAAAGAGAUUAUCACUGAUAUUUUUUUGUAGAGAAUAUUAUAAAUAUAUGCCAAUGUACCACAUACUGUACGUCUUUUUGUAUGAGUGACACUCUAAUAGAUGUUAUGUUUGCACGCUCAUAUUUUUUUGUUUUAUACAAUGUUCACAACACACAAUAUGAUGUUCGUUUUGCUACUUUAUGUAUGUACGGGUGUGGAGUGAUCAUGGUGCAGCAAAGGUAUUUUUCUAUCAGUAACUGAAAAUAUUGAUUUCCCAUUGAUUCCUUGCGACUGUACAGAGAAUAAAUGUUUAUAUAAUAUGAA